AUUUUUCACAUACACUCCACCAAAAACCAAAAAGAAAGUCCAACUCUUCCCACCAGUUCAAGCCAAACAACCCCCCAUUCCCUCUCUUCAAUCCAUCAAUGGCGUCCAGGAUGACCAGCUUCCACUCCAAGCCCAACUACCUCUUCCCCUCCCACAACCCAAUUCGCAACUCCGACGGAGUCUUCGAGUUCGACGACUCCGAGCUGUGGGUGAACCCCUCCAACGGUUCAAACCACCCUCCUGAGUCCAAGAAGCUGAUGUCCACCAUCCCCCGGGAGCCGAGGAGGAAGACGACGGCUGAUCAGAAGGGCACUACCGCCGUGACGUCAUCGUCGGUGCCGGUCAACAUUCCGGACUGGUCAAAGAUUCUGAAAGAGCAGAGGCAACAGAGAGACACGAGCGAUGAAGAUGUGAACGAGGACUACGAGGAUGGUGACGCAGACGAGAGGCUUCCGCCUCAUGAGUACUUGGCCAGGAACAGAGGAGCUUCGUUUUCUGUGCACGAAGGUGUUGGGAGGACUCUGAAGGGGAGGGACUUGAGGCGCGUGAGGAAUGCGAUUUGGAAGCAGGUUGGGUUCGAAGACUGAUCAUCAAAACAGAGGAAGGCAGCGAUUCUCGUGGAUGUCUCUGGGUUUUGGUGGUCGUGGUUGCACGAUCGGAGGACCUUGCUAGCGACGUCAUAUUGCUUCCAAGGGAGGCAAGAGGCGUGCGAUGUUGGAUUAGGGGAUUU